AUGGCGGCGCCCAAGACGUAUCAAUGUCUCUCCUGUCGCCUCAACUCUCCCGUCUCGAUGCCCCAAUUCCGCUCCUUUUCCUCGACACCCGCGCCCGCCGUGCGCCGACGACCCGGACGAGCCAAGUUUCCCAACAUCAGCGCCGAAGACAUGGGCCUGGCCGAGUCGCGUUCCGCAGAAGUAUCCGCUCUGGCCGCGCAUCUCCGUCCCUACACGGCGCGUGAGAAGCAGUUGCUGGCCACCAAAUACACUCCCGCGCAGAUGAAGGCCAUUGAGGCGGGAGAGGCGGCGAUUGAUGCGGGCGACAUGAUGAAGCRGGGUCGAUUCCGCACCGAUCCGUUGAGAAUUGACUACAUUGAUGACUUCGCGACGGAGAGGCCGGUGGUGGACAAGUUUGGCUCGGCGGCGGUGGAGAAGUCAUUGCAGGAAGCGCUGGUGGAGGGACGACAGCCUCUUCAAUCUGCUGUCACACGGCCACGGAGAGAUGACAAGGACAAGGAAAAGACGGAGGAGGAGGAUCCGCACAUGUUGCGACUUUCUCAACAAACCGGUCUGACCAAGGAGCAGAUUCGCAAGAUUCGGGUCAAGAAUCUGGUGACGCAUCGCGUGGUGAACCAGACGAGAAUGGGAAAGAUCCAGUCGCUGUACUUUUUGACCAUUGCGGGAAAUCAGGAGGGCAUGUUGGGCAUUGGAGAGGGCAAGGCGGCGGAAGAUGAGGAUGGAAGACGGCAGGCCAUGAUGAAUGCCAUUCGAAAUAUGAAGCCCAUCGCGAGGUAUGAGGAGCGGACAAUCUAUGGCGAGGUCGAGGCCAAGGUUGGAGCGAGUGUUGUCAAGUUGUCGGCGAGGCCGCCUGGCUUCGGAAACCGCUGCCAGCAUCUCAUCUACGAGUUGGCCAGAGCCGCAGGGAUUCAAGAUUUGGCUGCCAGGACACCACGAUCAAGGAACAAGAUGAAUGUCGUCAAGGCCGCGUUUGAGGCUCUCACCAACCAGAGGCUGCCUGAGGACAUUGCAAAGGCGAGAGGGAGGAAGAUGGUCGAUGUCCGAGGUGUAUACUAUGGUGGACUUGUACAUUGA